ACAGCUGGAGUACAGGAUCGAGAUCUGGGCUCCCCAGUUCAAACUGGAGAGAGUCCAGCAGAGGCAACUGCAGCAUCUGAGGAGGAGAGGAUGAGCCUUGGGUCUAUCUAUCCUGGAGAGCAGCCUGAGAGGAGGAUAUUCUUGAUGCUGAUCAAUAGCCGAAGGUUGGAGGGCAGGGGGAUCGGCCCAGACUCUUGUCAGUGUGGCCCAGGAGGUUCCACCUAAAAAAAGCUGCUUUUGUGUGACGGUGCUGGAGCCCUUGAGCAGGCUGCUCAGAGAGCCUGUGGAGCCUCCUUCUCUGGAGAGAUUCCAAACCUACCUGGACACUGUGAUCCUGGACAACUUGCUCUAGGUGAGCUUGCAUUAGCAAGGGACUAAGUGAUCUGUGAGUGACCCAGAGAAAUUAGAUGAAACGCUGGGGCCUGGUGAAGACUCAAGGGAGUGGGAGAUGAUUUUAAACCAGCACAUGGGGUGCUGCUUUGUUCUUCGCUUUCCAGUCUCUUGUUGCUGCAAAAAACAACAACCAGACAAACCCAAACCAACCCCAUAAUGUUGCUGACUCCACAUCCCCACUUUCACUGGGGACCCUGCUGUGUCAGCAGGAUGAUGUGAGGUUGUACAGGGUCUGGAGGGUGAAAGGGAGAUUAGACAAAGCAGGAUUAGAACCCCACUAAAUCUCUGGUCUUUCUGCAGGUUCCAUUAACUUCUCAUCACUUAAGGUGCUCUUCAUCAGCAUUAGAAGGGGGUUAGAGGCACCCCUCUGGGCAAUGCCUUUUCACUGAGCCAAGUCCUUGUAUGGAUUUUGCCAUCUCCAACGCUGUGACCAUCCUGGGAUGAAGGUGCUGAGACCUCUGCCUGUGCUGGGAGGGGUCCAGGUGCUGCCUGCCCCAUGGCUGCUCUCACUCCUCAUUUCAUGUAUAUUUCCCCCCACCAUUUAUAUUUUCAGAAGUGACUACUCAGGCAGCGUGUGGCCAGGCUGGUCAGGAGUACUGAAGGCAAUCACAGAAUCACAGAAUCAGCAUGGUCUGGGGUGGAAGGGGGACCUCCAAAGGUAGUCUAGUCCAACAACCCCUGCAAUGAGCAGGGACAUCAUCUGCUAGAGCAGGUUGCUUAGAGCCUUGUUGAGCCUGACCUUUGGGGCUGUGUUCCUGGGCAGCCUGUUUGGGGAACAACAGCCAGUCCCAGGUGCUGAGGAGGAGGGGCCAGGCUCAUGGGGGAAGGCAGCUGGGAUGUGCUGUUCAGCCAUCAGCUGUGGCUUGAGUCACUCUUUAUCCCCUCCAGAAUAAAGAGCUGAUUAUUAAAGGGGAGGAGGACAAGCCCCUCAGAUUGAAAAACAGCUUAAGGGUAUUUGACUGCAAAGCUCCCUAGGCACGUCAGACUCUCCUGUGUUAUAAAGGGCCUUCGCUUUUGGGGAGGUUCACCUGCAUCAGCUGGCCUGGUACUGCUGCAGCUCCUGUAGAUCAAUGUUGUACUCCAACAGCUCACAGGAGCCUUCAAAUAACGGGACCCCAGGGCCUUAUGAUGGCCCCCAGUGGCCCCACCAGGCUCCACGAAGCAUGUACCUGUCGGUGGCAGUGCUGAUGGGCUUUGUUGUGGUGGCUGCGUCAGUUGUGAACGGCUUGGUCAUUGUGGUUUCCAUCAGGUACAAGAAGCUGCAGUCCCCUCUGAACUACAUCCUGGUGAACCUGGCUGUGGCUGACCUGCUGGUGACACUCUGUGGCAGCUCUGUCAGCUUCUCCAACAACAUCAACGGCUUCUUCAUCUUUGGCAAGCGGAUGUGCGAGCUGGAGGGCUUCAUGGUCUCCCUGACAGGUAUUGUGGGACUGUGGUCCUUGGCCAUCCUGGCCUUUGAGCGCUAUGUUGUGAUCUGCAGACCCCUGGGAGACUUCCGAUUCCAGCACCGGCACGCGGUCAGCGGCUGCGCCUUCACAUGGAGCUGGUCACUGCUCUGGACGACACCACCACUCAUGGGAUGGAGCAGCUAUGUGCCUGAAGGUCUGAGAACAUCUUGUGGGCCCAACUGGUACACUGGUGGCAGCCACAACAACAGCUAUAUCUUGGCCUUGUUUGUUACCUGCUUUGUGAUGCCACUUAGCCUGAUUCUCUUCUCCUACACCAACCUGGUGAUGACCCUAAGAUGGGCUGCGGCACAGCAGAAGGAAUCAGACACAACCCAGCAGGCAGAGCGGGAAGUGACGCGCAUGGUGAUCGUGAUGGUGAUGGCUUUCCUCAUCUGCUGGCUGCCCUACACCACCUUUGCCCUGGUGGUGGCCACCAACAAAGACAUCAUCAUCCAGCCGGCACUCGCAUCCCUGCCCUCUUACUUCUCCAAGACAGCCACAAUUUACAACCCAAUUAUCUAUGUCUUCAUGAACAAGCAGUUCCAGGGUUGUCUGCUGAAAAUGAUCUGCUGUGGUCACCAUCCUUGGGGGACAGGAAAAACUGCUCCUGCUGCUCCCAGACCUCAUGCGGGCAUCACUGCAGAACAGAUGCAGAAUAAGCUGUCACCAUCCCACCCUGUCUAACUGCUGUCAGAUCCUGCCUGAACCAAGAUGGAGCUCCAAAACCUCAUCCCACCAGGCACUGGUGCUUGUGCAAACACAAGAUUCAUUGUGACACCUGAUGAGAUGAGCUAAAAUGUUCCACUGAAUAUUCCACCCCACCAGGUGUUCCUAUUUGUCAUCUGGAAUAGGGUGUAGAUGCCUCCUGCCCUUCCAACCUAAGCCAUCCUAGGAUUCUACAGACCUGCAUGAAUCCAGCAGCAACUCGAGUAGGAUGUAGCAUCUUAUAAUUAGUUUAGGGUUUGACCUUCCACAUGCACCAUGUGCCUCCCGGAGUCACUUUUCAAUCCAUGUUUUUCAGCACAUCCUGCCAGGAAAUUGGCUUAUACCGAGAAGUGGAGUAGGACAUGGGGCAUGCGGGGAUAUGUGUGUGUGUAUAUGCCUUUACUUUACACCAGUCUUUUCUAAGUGGAGAAUUGUCCAUCCCAGCUGCAUACAGAGUGAUGGUCAUCAUGCCUGGCCUUGUGCAAUGUUUGAUACCGAUGUUUUGCUACCAUGUGAAGGCUGCAGAAACUCACUGUACCUGCAUCCUAACCAACUUUUGUAUUUCAGUAUUAUCUCUCUGUGUACUUUUGCUCAGAAUGGUUAAUAUUUAUGAUAUGAAACUAAAAUAAAAA